GCUACGCGUUACACCAUCAGUUCCUCUUCCUGUUGAGGGCUGACGAUGUGCGGCGCGGACAUUCAGUGUGACAGCGGAAGCUUGUAUGACAUCCAAGUUCGCGUCCCCGCUCUUUUUCACCGUCGGACCCGGCGCCGGCGGGAUCCUGUUCAAUGACAAAAGUCCAUUGACAAUGACUCGAUCUACGUUACCACCCAGGUCAAAAACAUAUAUAAGAGUACAAUACGGAUCCUCAAUGGUUCUCCCACUACAACCCAACUCACUCGUCCGCCAAACAUUGAACAAUGGGUCCACUGACGCACCAACUUACUCCCACGUCUGUUCCAUCCACCACGACCACAAACAUCACCGGCCUUUCCACCCCGUGGCCGCUCAACAAUACCCCCACCACCUCUUCUCACUCCCGCCACUCUCUCCACCUCCCAACAGCCCUCAUAAAAGGCGCCGGCCCUGGUGGCCUCGCAGCCUCCAUCACCCUUGCCCGUCUCGGCUACCUUACCCUCCUCAUCGACAAACGCCCCACCCACUUCCGCACAAACUUCGUCGUUCUCCGACCCGAAACGCUUCGUCAGUUGUCCCUGCUCGGAGCUUUGAAGAUCUUGGAGGAGGAAGGGAAGAUCGAGAGGAUUAUGGACAUGGAGGCGGAGUUCCCGGUCCCGGUUGAGGGGAGUGAGGGGGAGAUCACGGUCGAGAGCAUGAGGCCGCCGUUUGUGGACUGGAGGCAGGAGGGGUACGACGUUCCCGUUGUGAGGGAUCUGGGAAUGCAGCACAGUACUCACACCGUCCGAAUCGCCGACCUCGAACACGCACUCCUCAAAGUCGCCCACCAACAAGGCGUCAUCAUCCUCCGCGAAUCAACCGUCCGUCUCACUCGCACCACCGACCGCUUCCGUGCUACCUUGUCCCGCAACGGAGACGGCACCAACUUCGACCUCGGCUUUCCAGACUUGAUCGUCAUCGCAUCCGGCAAACGCGACCCAGAAGCCCUCCACGAUAUCGGCAUAACCUACCUCCGCCACCACCGCCUAACUGCCUCCUCCCUCCCCACCCUCGAUCAACCCAACCUUCUCCUCCCCUCCCACCCCGGGCCCCUGGAACGUCAGUUUUUCAUCACGUUCGAAGUCAAGAGUCAGACUCCACCCUCCGGCACCGUUCGUCUCCGUCUCCUUCCCCGUCGCGAUGGGGAGAGCGGCGUGUUGGAGCGACAAGUCGAGUCCGCACAUUUCGCGCAUCAAGGAUCCAUUAUUUUCGGUCUCCAGAUUCCUCGUGUUAUCGAGCCGACCGACGAAUGCUCAAUCGGACACUACGUCCUCGGCAAAGCCAACGAGAUCCUCUGUUCGGAGUACAAGUCGCUCGAGGAGAUGCCGAUCGUGUGGGGAAGUCCGACGAAACCAUUCGUCGUCGAAGUUUGUUCUGCCCGUACAUUCACCUACGGCUCCAACCUCGUCCUCCUAGGUGAUGCCGCAGGAUCAUCAACACUAUGUACGGGUCAAGGCGCCGAAAUCGCCGCAACCGUCGACCCCCUCAACCUCCGGGACUUGGCAGAAGGGCUGAAGAAGAGGAGGGAGGCGGAAGCAAAAGGCCAUGGAGUGGAGACAACGAAGAGUCAGGAGGAGUUGUUGGCGGAGUAUAACGUGAGAAAGGCAGAAACUUUGCUGCUCUGGAGCGAGACGAGCGAUAAGUUUUGGUUGGAGAAGGAGGAGGUCGAGGAGAUCAGGAGGAAGACGCGGGUUGGUCGUACGAGGGCCGCCAGGCUUUAGGAUAGAGGAAUAGUUGUUUGGCAGUGCACACGAGAUCAUGUUUUUGAUACACCUACUUAGUUGAAUGGUCUCACGGGUU